CAAAAAAAAUGUCAUCAUCAACUGUUCCUGUUCGUUCAGGUUCCCUCAACAAGAAGAAAGUUGUCAUUUCCAUUGAUUUUGGUACAUCAAGAACUGGUUUCUGUUAUUCACUCACCAAUGAUGUGAAAAAGACUCGAGUUAAGAAUACCUCAUGGAAAGAUGCACCAAGUGGAGUUUCAUUCCCAAAGACUCUCACUCAAUUACUUUAUGAAAAGAGUGAUACAAGAAAACCUGUUGCUUGGGGUUACACUUCACUUGACAUGUUGUCAAGAGAAUUUGAAGAUGAGAGUGAAUCUGAUGAAGAUGAAGAAGGUGGUGAAGAGAUUCCAGCACAAAAUAGCAAGUAUUAUCAUUUCAAGACAUUCAAAAUGGGAUUAUUCAAUAAUCCAUCUGGUAUGGUGAAGGAUACAACUGGUGUUUUUGAAAAGAAUGUUGGUGAAUUGAUAGUUGACUAUUUGAAAUUAUUAUUCCAUGAUCAGAUUAAGCCAACUGUUGAGAAAUCAUUGGGAUCUAAAUUGAAUCUUGAUGAAGUUACUUGGUGUUUAACAGUUCCAGCCAUUUGGAAAGAUGAACAAAAAUCAGAUAUGAGAUUAGCUGCUUACACUGCUGGUUUAACAAAGACACCUGAAGCAUCUUCUGAUGAUUUUAAGAUUAUUCUUGAACCAGAAGGAGCUGCUGCUUAUUGUAUGGAAUAUCAAGCUUCUAAAGGUAAACCAUUGAGAGAGGGCGAAUCAUUCCUUGUUUGUGAUCUUGGUGGUGGUACAGUUGACUUGACAUGUCAUAAAUUUGAAAAGGCAAGAUUGAGAGAAUUAGCUGAAGGAUCUGGUGAUGCAUGUGGUUCUACAUAUUUAGAUGAUGCUUUUAUUAUUUAUUUGGAAGAAUGUUUUGGUAAGAAAUUUGUUGAAACCUUAAGGAAAAAGUAUGGCCAAACUUAUUUGGACAUUUUAAAGAUUUGGGAAAGAACAAAAGUUACAACAACAGAUUUAACAAAAGAUAUUAAUGUUGAUAUGCCUGGUCAAUUAAGUAGUUUUUUAGAAAGUGCCAAUGUUAAAAGUGAUAAAUUCAGAGCUAAAAGAGGUCAACUCAAAAUUACAAGUGAAGCUUUACAAACAAUUUAUCAAGAUUCAUUAGAAAAAACAAGAAAUCUUGUUGAAAAGCAAUUAGAAACAAUCCAAUCAGAGACUGGUAAAAUGGUUGAUUAUAUUUUCAUAGUUGGUGGUUUUGGUGCUUCCAAAGUAGUUCAAAACUUUCUAAUUGACAAUUUCUCUUCACAAGUUAAGGGAAUUGUAAUUCCAAAUGAACCUGCUGAAGCUGUUGUUGAUGGUGCUGCAUUAUUAGGUAUUGAUGAUUCAUUAAUUUCAACACGUAGAAUGAGAAUGACUUAUGGAGUUAAAGCUCAAAAAGGAAGUGAAGAAAUAUUCGAUACUUUUGUAAUUGCUAAUCAAGAACUUGAAGUUGAUCAAGGAAUUUCAAGAGAAUACAAAGUUCAAAGAGCUAAUCAACAAGCUAUGAAAAUAAUCAUCUACAGCACUAAAUUGAAAUCAAUUACAAAAGUUGACGAAACUAAAUGUCAUAAGAUUGGUGAAAUUCAAGUACAUAUGACAGAUAUGACAGGUGGCAUGGAUAGAAUAGUGAAAGUUACAAUGUAUUUUGGUAGAUCAGAAACUAGAGUUACUGCCAUUGAAAAGAAUACUGGAAUUGAGUAUAGUGCAUUAAUUAAGUAUGAUGGUGAAUUAUUUUCACAUGGUGAAAGUAUUGCUGACACUCCACCAGUUCAACCUCACCAUUUAAUUUUUGCAAAUGAUGUUUCAGGAUCAAUGUGGGCAAGAGAUGCUUUACCAACAAUGAGUUUACUUAAAACCUCUCAUAAUAACAGAGUAGGAGCACUUUAUGAAGCAUGUUAUGCCUUUUUAGAAACAAGAAAAGAAACUUCAGAUAUUUCAUCGUGUAUUCUUCAUAAUCAUGAUUCAAUCAUUAUUUAUGAUAAAAAACCUGCAACUCCAUCACUUGUUUCUGAUUACAUGAUGAAAUAUAAUGCCGACGGUGGCAACAACUUUUUAAAAGUAUUCGAAACUGUCGAACAAGUUCUCAAAUCGAGUAAUAACGAGGAAUUCAAACCAAUAGUUUUCUUUAUGACAGAUGGUGCUUGGCACGACGACGGAGCACCUGCCUACUUGGAAGGCUUAAUGUUAAGAUAUCCAGAUUUAACAGUUCAUGUCAUUAAUUUGGGUAGUUCAAUUAAUUUUGAAUUGAUGAAUAGAAUUGCAAAGAUUGGUAGAGGAACCAUUUCAACAUCUGGAAUGAGCGCUGUAGAAUUGAAGAGUACCUAUCUCAGCUUGCUUCCUUACUUGGAUUAAUAAUAUUUCCCAUAAAACAUUCCCAUGGUGGAUAUCCUUGUAUUGUACAAUAUUAUGAAACUAAUAGUAUUAAUGAAUAAUUUAAUAAAAAGUAUUGGUAGUACUACCAAUUUGGUUGUGGAUUUUU